CCAAUCUGUCAAACAAUGGCGAUUUACACGUAAUGAAACGUCAUACAAACGUAAUUUUCCGUCUUAAAUGUUUCCAAAUUACAAGAAUUGUCCAUUGAAAAAUGUUUAAAAAAUUGAAAGAUAAAAUUGCGGAGGAAGUAAAAUCAUCUCCUUCCCGAAUUCAGCAGUUUGCACAAGCUGCACAGGCUGCCGUUAGUUCAGCUUCAAGUUCAGUGUCGGAUACCGUGUCUAGCAGUGGCGAAAAUUUUUUCAGUAUAGCAGAAGAAGACACACCGCAAAAUACUCCACAACAUCGAAACGUAAAAUCAAACGAUUCAGUGCAUUUAACCACUUCACUCAGUAGCCUAAAUUCUAUACCACUAAACAAUGGCACUUCAUCGCAAACAUAUACGCGAACGCGAAAAUUGUCCAACUCAUCGUUGGCCAGUGAUGUGUCAUUUCGCUUACCGUCAUACGAACCAGCCGUUCAACACAUGCAAUCCGAUAUGGAAUCGGCAAGUGAAUUUGAGUUUGAUGGUGGCAAUAGUAUGGCCAGUGCUCAAUUGGAUCUGUUCAGCAAGGAGCAAUUGCAUCAGGCGUACAAGAGCGCGUUGGAACGGUAUCAGAAAUAUCGGAAUCGGUACACAGAGGUAGCGAAACGGUACAGAGAUUUGGAACGAGACAAUACGAAAGCUAGGUCGGUGCUGGUCGAGACCCAGGAUAAAGCCUUACGGCGGAUAAGUGAACUGAGGGAACAAUGUUCGUUGGAGCAGCAAGCAAAAGCUCACUUAGAAUCCGCCCUGCGAUUAGAAAUGGAGGAAAUGCAAUGCGUUAUCAAAACGUUGACAUCCAAAUUGUCGCUGUUGGGUGAAAAUGCCGAUGAAGUUCUCAAGAAUGGCGAGGAGAAUUUGAUUCAUUUGGAUAAUGUGGACCAAUCUUCGGCCAAUUUGAUCAGCUUGACCACUGAUAACGACAACAAUGUGUCGGACAAUAACAACGAAAGAAUCAAGCAGCUGGAGGAGAUGCUAGAGAAGUACAAGGAACAAGUGAAUGAGGAAAAGAGUAAAUUGAUUGUGAAAAAUGAGGAAGUCCGUCUGAACACCGUUCGACUGCAGGAGUCACAGAAAAAGAUCAAGGAUUUGACCGCGCGCGAAGAGGAAAACACAAUUUUGCUGGCCGAGAAUAAGAUGAUGAUCCAUUCCGAAUUAGAAAACAAAGAGAAGGAAGUGAAGAGCUUGGAACAACGACUGUUGGUGCUUGAGAAACAGUUGGCCGACGAGCGCGAUUCGAUGAAGCAAGAGAAAAAUAAAUUGGAAGCUCAAUAUCAGGCGCUAGUUCAAGAGAAAAAAGAUGUGGAAAAUCGUCUCACCAACUCAGACAAGUCAAAUAAAUCGUUGGAACAAUCGCUGAACGAAUUAAAGGCACGACUUAUUGUGGUUGAAAGUGAGAAGGAUAAGACGCUCAGCAAGAACAAAGAAGAAUUAGACAAAUUCCGUCUGGCAUACGAAACGAUAAAGCAGCAAAACGAAGAGCUAGAACAGAUUUCCAAUAACAAAACGAAGGAGAACCAAGAGAAGAUUGAAGGCGAAUUAAAACAUAUUAAAGUGGCACAUGCAGAAAUGAGCAAGCAAUCAAACGAGCUCGACGAAGCUAACAAGAAAUUGCAAAACGAAAUUCAGCAGAAGGAUGCAGAUAUUGAGGCAAUACGUAAGGAAAUCGUUAGUCUCAAGCAGCAGCUGGAUGGUACGACAAACGAUAAAAGAGAGAUUGAAAAUAAGCUGGAGCAAUUGGAGACCGAAACCAAAGAGUUGCGGCAACAGUUCGACCAAGAAAAAGUUCAAUUGGAAAAUGCUUUACGGGAACUAGAGCACAGUGGCCAGAGCGAGAAGAAUGUACUUGAAGAAGAAAUUGCCAGUCUUAGACAGAAAUUGCAGCAGGUUACGGAAGCAAAAUCAUCUACUGAAUCGGAAGCUAUUCAAAGCAUCCAAAGUUCUAUGCGAGCAAGCAUCGAACAAAUGGAGGAGAGGAUAAAACACGUAAAUGCUGAACUGAAAGAAAAACUGGAAGAAAAUUCGAAUCUUCAGAGUCAGCUUAGCGAAACAAGAAAAGAAAAAGACGAUUCGCAGACUGAUCUGGAAAAUUUGCGCGCCAAAAUCGAUACGCUGAAAGGGGAAAAACGCGAUUUGGAAAAGACACUGGAGAAGGAAAUUCGCGACAAAUCGGAAUUGCAGACACAGGUGACAAACAUUUUACAGGAAAUCGGUCGAUUGGAAGAUCAGCUGAAAGAAGUUCGUCACUCUUAUGUCGAAAUUGAAAAGGAAAAGCUGGCAUUGGAAUUGAAAACCGAACAGAUGGCCAAGGCUCACGCUGAUGGUAAAAAUAAGCUAGACAAGGACAAUACACAAAAACUGCAGUCAAGGUUAAAGGAUAUGGAACAGACACUGAAAGAGAUUCAAGCCGAGAAUUUACAAUUGACUGAAAGUAAUUCGUUGUUGGAGCAGAACAACGUACGACUCCAGACAACCAUUGCCGAAUCGGAAACUAAUCUAGCAAUUUUGAGCGAUAGACUGGCAGAACAAGAGACUCUGUUAACGGCACAGCGCAUAGAAUGUGAGUCGCUUUCUGAUUCAAUGGAAAAAUUAAACGAGAAGCUGAGCCAGUGCUUGGAUGAGAAUUCACGAUUGUUCAACGCAAAGGAACUUAUGGAACACGAGUACCGUUCGCUUCAAGAUCAGUGUGAAGCUAAAGACAAGGAGAAACUAUGCGUUCUGGAUACGAAUCAAUGUUUGGAGAGUGAGCUCACAAAGCUACGUAGUGAAGCCGAAACUGUUCAAGCAUUGGAGCGUGAGAAAAAUAAUUUGUCAACUGUUUGUGAUGGUAUGCGAAGCGAUCUGGAAAAUGUGCAAAAAGAGAACGACGAACUCAAAAGUAUUCGCGACACCCUUCAAGCGAAAUGUGAAUCGCUAUCGAAAAAUGUGAGUGAGAUGGAAAAACUGAAAACGAACGCGGAAAGUGAGUUGAAAGAAGUGCAAGAUUCAUCGACGCGCUCCCAAAAAUCUCUGGCUGACAAAUACGAUGCACUGCAAAAAGAAAUCGUCGAAUUGAACAAUCGAAACCAAAUGAACUUGGAUGAACUGAAACAAACUAGCGAUGAACGAAACCAAUUGAAAGAGAAGUUGAAAGGCUACACGGAAUCGCUGAAGAAGCUUGAGAGCUUAGAACAAACUGCCAUUGAGAAUGAAUACCUGAACAAGUCCGUCAAACAUUUACAGUCCGACUUGGACAAAUCGAAUGAGGAAAAGUCUAAGUUCGUUGCGGAUGCCCAAGACCUAAACAGUCGAAUCAAUCAAGCCCAAGCGAAAAUCCAAACCCUGGAAGCCGAAUACAAAAAGAAAAUGGAAACGUGCGUGGUACGUGAAGCUGAAAUUGAACAAUUAAAAUCGGUUUGCCAACGUGCUCAGUCACUAAAUAACGAUCUGCAAAACGAAAUGCAGCAAAAGAAUCAACAAAUCAGUGCACUUAACAUGAAAUUGGAGGAAAUGUCGGCUGGCAUCGAAUUAACAGAGAGUCAAACACAGUCGCUGAAUAAUAAAAUAACAAAUUCGGAACAGUUGAACGAAACGUACCAGAACGAGUUGCGUAAGCAGAAAGCCGAUAACGUUGAACUACAGCAAACGAAUCAGAGCAUUUCGAAGCAAUUGGCUGAUGCCAGAUCAGAACUGGAGACAAUAUCCGGACAAGUUGCGUUGCGAGAACAGAACAUAACUGAUUUGGGUAAAGAAUUAGAUUCGAGUCGCGCCAUCAUAAGCGACCUGAACAAAGACAUCGAAGGCCAACUAACUGAACUGGAGGAAAUGAAAUCACUUCAGGAGGAAAAUAUAAAUUUAAGGCAAAGGGUUGUCGAAUUGGAACAGUCGUCGGUCGAGUUAACUAAAGGUGCUAAGAAUGAUGAAUCCGAAUCGUUGAAACGACUAAACGAGUCGCUGAAACUGGAAAUGGCUCAGUUAAAACAGUCCACCGAUGGCCAAAUAUCGAAUUUACAAAAUGAAAUUGACGAAUUGCUGGAAAAUGCUAAAGCUUACAAAGAGAAAUCGAUUGCAUUGGAACAGCUGAAGGAGUCAAACAGUGUGCUGCUGAAAAAACAAGUGGACCUGCAGUCAAUGGUUGAAAGUAGAAGCGAUUCGGAGGCCAUGUCAAAGAUACAACAAGAACGCGAUGACCUGGACGAGAAAUUGAAGAAGAUAAUGCAUGAAGUCCAGGAUGUGUCCAAUCGUAACCUGUUUCUGGAACAGAAAUGUGAAAAUUACCUCAUCUUAGAGCAGUCAAACGAACGUCUCAAAUCGCAGAACGAUAAACUGUCAAGGCAAUUGGAUGAAACUUUGGUCUCAUUGCACCAUCAUGAAGGCAUUGCAGCUAACACAGAAUUCGAAUAUUUGAAAAACAUAAUGUUCCAGUAUUUAACCAACAAUAUUAACUCGAAUGGAAGCACAUUGGUUAAAGUCAUUGCGGCUGUACUCAAAUUUUCACCUCAACAAACACAAGUAGUGCUAGAACGCGAAGCCCAAAGAAAGACAUUGGUGGGGCAAAUAAACAAUCUUCUCUAGCAGGAACGUUGGCUUUUAAAUUUAAGUUUGACCAAACACGUUGACCGGUGAUUGAAGGAUCGAGUAACGUUAGAUUUAAUCACAGACAAACAACAAAACACACAUAGUUAACGGCUUCCUUUUGUUAUUGCAUUCAUUUUAUGAAAAUGGAUCGUAUUAAUCACUCACUUUAUCUUAACAUUAUUAUUGUGGUGACGAACUUAUUUAGACUCCAUCCAUAUUUUUUGUUCAUUUGUUUUUUUUUUGUAAAAUUUGUAAAUAAUUUAUGAUCGGGAGGUUCAUUUUUUUAUUAUUAUUUCUUUGUAUUUCUCCUCACUUGUUAGUGUAAUUAAAUUGUAGAACGGUUUCUUUUGUAUAUCAAAUAAACAUGAAAAUGAAUAAGAAAAUUGAUUUAAAUAGACAAGGAAUCGUGUGAUGUAGAUUUUUAUACGAAAAAAAAAAACAUAAAAUCAAAAGUUUGUAGAUGAAAAAAAAAAAUCAGAUUUUUAGAUCAAUUUCAAGUUUGUUAUAACAAUUUCUGUUGCGCAUUACUCAUCAAAAUUGUGUUGUUGAACCCGUACAACAACUGGCAAAACUAGUAAAAUUGAAUCCAUUGUUAAAUAAUUGAUUGUGUAAAUUCAGUUCAGUUUUCGUUGUAAAUUAAGUAAAGCAUUGCAUUGUAAAUGAUAGUGAAAAAAAUAUUUAAAUUAAAAUAAAACAUUUAACACUAAAA